UAUCUCAAUAAUAAGAUUGGAAGAUACUGAGUCUAAUCCAACCAUAAUCUACUAAUAAAGCACAAACUUUUAGAAUCACGGAUAAAUAUCGAAAACUAAAGUCGCCGGAUAAAUUUCACGGCGCUAAAGUACCGGUCAACAUCAUCCCACAUUUAACUCUUCUGCUAUACGGGCUAUACGUCAGUGCUGCAUCUGUGUAUGGUGUUGGUGUGUUGCUGCAUGCAUAGUAAUGGCGGUGGUGAAAAAUUCCUUCGAUUCUUGGUUGACCAAGAAAUUACAAGCGUUAAAUACAGACGAAGGUGUAUUUGGUUCUUAUAUAAAAGGAAUAUUGGAAGGCGAUGAGAGUAAUGAUGAGAAGACCGAAGCCCUUGAAAGCAUACUCGCCGGGAUAACGGAUGAUAAUAUUCCAACACACGUGGCUGAAAUAUUAGCAGCAUGGGUCGAAUGGCUACCUUCCGAAGAUCUUGCCAGUGCAGCAGCGCCGAGGGAAGAUGUAGAGAUACGAUUGGCUAAAAUGCUGGAGUCGCAAAGUCUACCAACGACGACUCGUAAAAGUUACACAGAUGAUGAAAAACGAAUUCGUGAAGCAAUACUUGCUCAAUACAGUGAAAUGGCCGAUGAAGAAGGCAGUGACGAAGAGGGGGAAGAAGAGGUGGCUGGUGCUGAUUGUGGUAUUGAGAAAAAUAUGAAUGCGGCUAUGAUAGUUCAGCAAGAGAGAGGAAAGAGAGAGAAAGCCAAACAAGACAGCUUGAAGAAAAAAGAAAAAGACAAAGAGGAUCGAGAGAAACAAAAGCAGCUGAAAGAAGAGAAAAAGGAGAAGCGAAAAACACAAAAAGGUGAAAGAAGGAGGUAGCAUAGUCGAGUGAGAAAAAGUUUUGAAAAUGAACGCCCAAAUCUGUGUCACGUUGGAAAGAAGAAAAGAAGAACCCAGCGUACAAUGUCGUCUAGACACUUACGGUGUAUACUUGUAUUUAUUUUGAUGCGUGUAACAUAAUUCGAUCUCUGCAACGUUUCUAGAUGAAAAAACUUAAAUUCUCAUUAAACCUCGAAUCAAUGAUCUUUCUAUUAAGGCUGAUACCUCAUUUUAUUAAUCACAUUAUAUUCUUGGUCUAUAUUUGUCAUUUUUGAUCAACGAGUUUGAUGAUUAGUUCAUCAAAUUCUAAUAAAUGUCCUAAGUUUUUUGUUUGGUGCAUUCAUUUGAAACGGAAUAAUUUAGAAUUUUUUAAAAUUUAUUCAUUGUUACCAAAAAGUACUAUCUCAUUUCAACAUUUAUUAACGUUGCGGAGACACAAUGAACUUCAUAUUUGCAAUGACGCGAUUGUGCGAUUAAAACAUACCUCGACGUGGCGAAAAUCGAUUUAUCUACCCUUAGAGUAUUGAAACAAAGGCCUGAUUAUAGUCUUGAAACACUCGAGAAACUUUUACAAUUGAAAAUUACUGUCUGAUAGAGCAGCAAAUAAUAUUGAAAGGAAACGUUUACGGUAAUCUCCCGAAUACUCGUUGUCACUUUCGCUUAUACGGUGUGUUGUUGACUUUCAUUUCGUAAAAUUUAUUGGAACAAGUUUAAACAAAUAACUCCAUGGAGAUUUUUUUUCAGUCUCCCCCAUCUAGAUUGAAAUAUUUCUGUACUUAAUAUUGAUAUGUUGAAUAUACGCUUUCGAUUAGCUACAACAA